GUAUUUUAAUUGCUAAGAAAAAACUUUUUACUAAUGAAGUUCCAUCCAAUGCUGGAGGUGGUACAGUUAAUUUUGUAACUCGAAAGCAUAUUGAAUAUGUACAAGAUAUUGAAACACGUGAAGAAGGUGGAACACCGGAUAUUCUUGGUGCUAUUCGAGCUGGUUUAGUUUUUCAUUUAAAAGAAUCUGUUGGUUAUAAUACAAUUAGUGCACGUGAAAAAUCAUUAGUUACAAAAUUCUUUGAACGAUUUCGAAAUCAUCAAACAUUAUUUGUACUUGGAUCAUCAACUGUUCAUCGAUUAGCAAUAUUUUCAUUUCGUAUUUAUGUGCCAUUUUUUCAUAAAUAUUUACAUCAUAAUUUUAUUUGUACAUUAUUAAAUGAUUUAUUUGGUAUUCAAGUACGAUCAGGAUGUUCUUGUGCUGGACCUUAUGUUUUAGAUCUACUUAAUAUUGAUGAUCAAACAGCAGAAACUUAUAUAAAAUUUAUUACAACAGAUGAACAUGUUCGACUUAAUGGAUUUCCUAAAAUUGAAUUAAUGAAAUUUGGUUUUACUCGAUUUAAUUUAGCAUAUUUUGCAAGUAAUGAAGAAGUUGAUUAUAUUUUAAAUGCAAUUGAAUUUAUUGCAAAUGAUGGAUGGAAAUUUUUACCAUUAUAUACUUAUAAUAUAGAUACGGCUGUUUGGUAUCCUCGUACUAUGCAAUCGAAAAAUAAUUUUUAUGAAUAUCAUAAACUUCAAACGGUUACUUAUAAAAAUAAUACAAAAGAAAUGAAAUUUAGACAAAAUCCAACAGAAGUUUCGAAUUCAAAUGCUCCUCGCUUGAAAACAAAUUCAUCGUCAGAUGAUGAUCCAAUUGAAGAAGCUAAAUCAAUGGUAAAAAAUAUACCAAAAUAUGUUUAUAAAAAUGUUGAUUGUCGAACUGAUCCACCAUUGAAUGUUCCUGAUGAAUAUAAAGAUUUUAUUUGGUUUGUUACACCUAAAGAAAUUAUUAGAAAAAUAGUCACGGAUUAUGAACAAACUCAAGAAAACUAUUCUAAAUCAGUACCAUUUCGUUCAAAAAUGGAUUAUUAA